CUCAGGUGUCAAAGUAAAGGUGUUUAUACCUCUCGCGGGUGUCUCCUCUCCGGCGUAUCUCCAGUUACUGUCCUCUACUUCAGUGCAGUAUUAGGUUAGUUUUUUGGGCUGUGUUUGUGUUCAGAUGACGGCGCAGGUAGACUACCUGGUGGUGCUUUUCACCGCCACAUCUGGCGCCAGCGGAGAGCUGCUGGGCUCUGACGAGAAGGAGCUGGUUCAGUUGGUUUGGCAGCUGGUGGAUGUAAAGAACAAAAAGUUGGGCAAGGUGAAUGAGCUCCUCAUUAAGCCUGACCUCUCAGACUUGACAGAGGAAAAAGAGGAGGAGGAUGUGGUGGAGGAGAGCGUGGAAGAGGAGAAUAAGUCUGGAGCAGAUAAUGUCUCCACCACCACAAGUCUUGAGGCAGCUUUAAACCUGUUUCAUCUACAGCUGACAAACGAGGUGAACAGCGCGGGCGCAGGCACGUCGGUGUGUUUGUGUACAGACGGGCAGCUUCACAUCCGCCAAGUGAUUCACCCCGAGGCAGCGAGCAAGAACAUCCUGGUCCCAGACUGUUUCUACUCCUUCUUCGACCUUCGGAAAGAGUUCAAGAAGCACUUCCCCGCAUCUGACCUCAAGGCUUCGAAUGUACACAUCAUGGCAGAGUCUCUUAGUAUACCUGUGGAUGUGCCCGCCAUGUGGGAUCCCUCAGCCACGAUGGAUCCCUCAGCCAUAUUGCCUGCAGAAAUAGCAGUACAGCACGUCCAGAUCAUGGGCAGCAUUGUCCUUGCCCUGCUUUCUGAGCCAUUUAGCCACACGUUUUCUACCCACGAGAAAGUCAGUGAGAAGUUUGAGACCGGCACUUGCAGUAAGAUGGAGAAAGUGUGUGACAACACGGUGAUCAGAGCCAGAGGGCUGCCGUGGCAGUCUUCUGACCAGGAUAUUGCUCGAUUCUUCAGAGGACUCAACAUUGCCAAAGGAGGGGCUGCACUGUGUCUUAAUGCUCAGGGGAGGAGGAACGGAGAAGCUCUGGUUCGUUUUGUCAGUGAAGAACACAGAGAUCUGGCGCUGCAGAGACACAAACACCACAUGGGCAACAGAUACAUAGAGGUUUACAAAGCAACAGGAGAGGACUUCCUCAAGAUUGCAGGAGGUACCUCCAAUGAGGUAGCAAUGUUCCUGUCUCGGGAGGACCAGAUCAUCGUGAGGAUGCGAGGUCUCCCUUUUACCGCCACACACGAGCAGGUGCUCAACUUUUUCUCCCCGGAGGAGGGCCUUAAAGAGACGUGUCCGGUCAGCGGAGGCAAGGAGGGCAUCCUUUUUGUUCGCUACCCAGACGGGCGUCCCACUGGUGAUGCCUUUGUUUUAUUUGCCUGCGACGAACACGCCCAGUGUGCUCUGAGGAAACACAAGGAAAUCCUGGGGAGAAGAUAUAUAGAGCUGUUCAAAAGUACAGCAGCGGAGGUGCAACAGGUUUUGAACCGGUACUCGUCGGCCCCUCUGAUCUCCGUGGCCCCCGCCCCCUUGGUCUCAAUGCUGCCCACGGUGUCUCUCCUGCCCCCUCCUGGUGGCGUGAGAGACUGCCUGAGGCUGAGGGGGCUGCCAUACACGGCGAGCAUAGAGGACAUCCUCACCUUCCUGGGCGAGUUUACACACGAUAUCAGACCACAUGGCGUGCACAUGGUCCUCAACCAGCAGGGUCGACCAUCAGGCGACUGCUUCAUCCAGAUGACUUCGGCCGAGCGGGCUAUUCAGGCCUCGCAGCGGCUCCACAAGCACAUCAUGUCCAGCCAGCGCGGCGCCAACAGCCGCUACGUGGAGGUGUUCCCCUGCAGUGCAGAGGAGAUGGGGCUGGUGCUGAUGGGAGGCUCGCUGAGUGGGACAGGGCUCAGCCCGCCGCCAUGUUUAUCUCCACCAUCCUACUCCUUCGCCCCCGCUCCACCUGUCAUGUCGACAGAGGCUGCUGCAGCCCUCUACCCUCCCAUUGGUCAGGUGUUGCUGGCUCCACGCCCCCUGCCACCAGGACAUGCCUACUACCCUGCUUCAGCUCAACUAUACAUGAACUACGCAGCCUACUACCCGAGUCCACCUGGCUCUCCUAACACCGUCGGGUUCUUCCCCUCCCCCUCCUCCCUGUCCUCCCUCUCCUCCCCGGGGGGGUUGGUGCGCAUGCCAGGUCUGACAUACAACAGCAACGGAGUCAAAGACCUUAUUAAUGCAGUGCAGGGAUACCAGUAUGCCCCCGAGGAUGCUCUCGUGCACGCCCACGGGCCUCUGCACGCUCACGACCCGACCGGGACUUUGCUUACGCAGCCCAAAGAAUGGAGUCCCGCAGAGUCCAUGCCUCUCCUGAGCAGCAGUCUGAUUGGUCAGUCCAGCGGAGGAGAUGCUCCUCUCAUGUCCCUCCCCGCUCUCAUGACCAAGCCGGCGGGGCAGUACCUGGACCUGACCCUGCUGUAGGGUCACAAAUAUACAAAGGUCAUGUGACAAUUUGUUAUGUGUCAAAGACUUGUAAUGUAUUUCUAGGUUUUUAAAAAAAAUAGUCUUUUAGAUGUGUUAUUUAUAUCUUUAAGAGCAGAAAUUAAUGUAUUUUAUACCAAAAUCAUUGUGGCCUUCGCCAAAAAAAUAGCAGUUUUUUGUCUUAUAUUGCACAGUGUGUAUUUUAAAAAGCUUUAUAGAGAUUUUUUUAAACAUGUUAUAUUAUAAUCACUAUGAUAUAUUUGCUAGCCAAAAUAGAGAAGAAUGACCUAGUAGCAACCGAGCUAAAUCUUUCCUGUAAGCUUUUCUGUGAAGAUUGAAAGUGUGUGUGAGUGUGUUUCAGUGUGAAAGAGAUGAAAAUGAGUAUUAUGCAUGGCUGUGUCGAUACAUCUUAAUACUCAAUCUGUUUAUGCAAUACAUUUUUAUGUGUUUAUAUACGUUUGAUACAGUACACAGUGAUUGUAUUGGAAGCUUUAGUGCAUGAAGAAGUUAGUAGUAAAACUUUAAGAUGUUUACAUAAUGCCAAAUAUCAAUGCACUGCUAAUCAAUAAGACUACUAAUGAAUAUUAUAGCAGUAUCUUUGAAUGAUAUGUUACACUGUGAGUUUGUCGAGCUGACUGAUCCUUGCAUCAGGUUUCACUUACAGAAAUGUGACAUCUCACACUCAUAAGCCCCUCCUGUCCUUAUGCACCCUAUAUGGGUUUGUUUCCACGUCCUGUAAUGCCAAUGUUGUCUUGCCCUUUUGUUGAGGACUCGCAUUUGAACAGAGGACAGUCCCAGUUCUCUGUAACCUAACCACAGGGUUGCUUUCUUCAAGAGGACUCGUGUCACGACCUUUCGUCUUACUGAGUGAAUCUCAGGAGCCAGAGGAGGUUUCAUUACUCACAUGAGAUGUUUCAGUCCAUCACACCUUCCUGGUCUUCUUUCCAUCGUCUACGUAGGGGAAUGCAAUGGAGCAAAGCUGCAGAAAUCCCCAUGGCCAUUUAUCUUUUUUUUACAGGAAUGCUCCCCUAAAAUAACCAUUUGUAUAUCAAUUAC